CUCCGUCGGAGUAGCGAGAGCCGCAGCCAUAUCCGGCCUGUGUUUAGAGUGACCUGUGUCCUUCCUAAGACCCAGGAUUCCCUCAAGUCCCAUCCAAGAGCGAUUAACGCGCUCCCCGGGCUAUCGCUCUCUUUAGGCCCCGAUACAUAGCGACUUUUACACCCCGGAGCACACCGUCCUCCCGGCAGUGAUACCGCUCCUGAAGAAGUCCGCUGCGCAAUGGCGCAGGCCAGACUGACCGACUUUUUCCCUCAGGCCAAAAAACCGAGGACGACGCUGCCGGCCCUGAAAGGUUCAAAGUCUCCCGGUGGUCGCCGCUUGCAGCCGAGAAGGGGAAGGAAGGCGGCUGUUCCUCCCUGCCCCGUCCCUACGCUGCCCACAGGAUCCGACUCUGGUGAAUGGCCGAGCCGGGGCCACCAGCAAGGCAGCAGCCCAGCUCUUCGCCCAGAGGCCGAGGUCAUCAAGAGAGAGCCCGCACUCGGCGAACUCGUCACACCGUCGAAAGGCGAGCCACUUGGAGCUGGCUCUCGCUGCAGCACCGGCAAGAGGCGCAGCCGCUCCACCUCCGUCGAUCGUGCGUCGACCUCGACGGUGGGAUCGCAGCGGGCGGGCAGGGUGCCGUCUGCCCGGAGGUGUCUCGUGUUACAGCCCAGGGAAGCUGGGGAGAACCCUGUUGCAGAAAAGAGCGAAGUGAAGGAAGGUGCCCAGCUGACUCCUGCAGGAGCAUCCGAGCCCACGGAUUUAUCCAUCCAUGAGCCUGCAACCUUAAGGAAAGUGAUUUCGAAGCCUCCAAGUCUGCAAAGUUCAAAUGGAAGAAGCAAGCAGACCUCCGCAACACCUGCAAAGGAAGGUCUUUCAGGGUUAAAAGCACGGUUGCAACGAAUCCAGAAACUUGCACCAGUAUCAAGUUCAUUUGCUUCUACAUCUGAAUUGAAUAGUGAUAUCAAAAGCCGGUUAAAACGGGUUCGAGAGCUGGAACUGAAAGUACAUGAAAGUAAGGUAGAACAGAAAAAAACAGCUGGACAGGAGGUGACUUCAAGUGCAGAGGAGAGGGUAAAGACUCCAGCAUAUCAACGUUUCCACAACUUGGCGCAGGAUGUUCCACCAGGGUUGACCCUGCCUUUCAAGUACAAGCUGUUAGCAGAGAUGUUCCGUAGUAUGGACACUGUUGUAAGCAUGUUGUUCAAUCGUUCUGAGACUGUUACCUUUGCCAAGGUAAAACAAGGUGUCCAGGACAUGAUGAGGAAGAAAUUUGAGAAACGAAAUGUUGGGCAGAUAAAGACUGUUUACCCUUCUGCGUACAAGUUCAGACAGGAAAAGGGAAUCCCAACAUGGAGUGACUCUCUGAAAAGGUCCAGUUACCAACUCACUAUUGAUCCUGUGUUUGAAGGAGAGGAGAAUUCUGAUGGCCAUACACAACUAACAGCAUCUCACCUGCUCUCGCGACGUCGCACCUUCAGCCAAAAUCUUGUGAGCAUUGUGAAACAAUACCAUAAGAUUUUCCUGGCUUCUCUUAACCCUCCAAUGCAUGUACCAGAUGACAAGAUUGCACGAUGGCACCCACGUUUUAAUAUAGAUGAAAUUCCAGACAUUGCUGCUGCUGAACUGCCCCAACCCCCUGAGUUGGAAAAGUUAACAACUGCUCACGAGGUCCUUGAUAAAGCUCGCAGUAUGAUGACACCAAAGAUGGAGAAAGCACUUGCUAACAUAGCCCUCAAAACUGCAGAAGCUGCUAUGGCUGCUACUACUGAGCAAAAGAAGGAGCCAAAAUUACUGAGCCCUAGACCUUGUAGUGCACUGAACGGGAUUUCCCAGAGUCUGCUAGAGAGGAUUCGUGCUAAAGAAGCUCAAAAAAUGCAGGCGGUAAUGACCAGAACUACUGCGCAAACAGAGCGUCUCAAUAUGAUGAUGCGGCUGCCUGACAUAACAAGAAUUCUACGCAAUGUCUUCGUGGCUGAGAAGAAAUUAGCCUUGGUUAUGACAGUGGCUUGCAAUAGGGUGGUUGACAGCUAUCGCUCAGUGAUGGCCCUAGAUGAUAUGGAGAAACAUUUGCGAUUACUAGCUGAUGUUGUUCCAGACUGGCUAAGCAUCCAUAAAGUCCGUAAAGAUGUGUACCUGAAGCUAAACAAGAACACAGACUUGAAUGUGGUUGCAGAGAAAAUUGCAGAAAAGAUUAAAGAGGAAGAAAAAGCAUAACUUUUUAAAUGGACAUGAAAGCUCUGUACAGAGCUCAUGUUUGAAAGCCAAAUAUAAAUCUGUGAACUAUGAAGAUCUGUAUAUAGGAGAAAGAUGUGUUUUGCUUCUUGAUGUGAACUGUUUUGGGCAGUUUGUUCUGCAAUUAUGUACUGUUCCUUUUGGGAAAAUCUUGGUACAAUCCUUGGGUUUAUUGUAAAUUCCAUCCUCAACAUUGGAAUUGCUGAUGCUAAUUUAAAAAGGGGAGAGAAAUUAAUUAAGCUUCGUCCUGCCAAUUCUAAAACUUGAAUUAUGUUCAGGAGCAGACAUUUCUUAAUGCUUUGUUUCAAAAUGAAUAGCAGGAUAUAAACUUGGACACUGGUCUGUGUAAUGAAAGAUAUCAUUGGCUGAUGUUAAAGUAAAUGGAAUGUUCGUGUGGAGGAACACUUUUAAAUUGAUAAAUUUUGAUUAAAUGUUACAUUUUUGAACUUUU